AUGGUCGGCUUUGACAUGCGUGGUUUGACUCCGGCUCCGGUGACUCCAUUCACGCCGGACGGUGCAGUAGACUACGAAGCUAUACACCGACUUGGUUCCUGGCUUGGAGGUAUCGAAGGAGUCAAGGGACUGGUUGUGCUGGGCCACGCUGGCGAGGGCACCUUUCUCACCACUGAAGAGCAAAUCUCCGUCAUCAAGGCUUUCGUGAAGUCGGUGAAUAAUAAAAUACCAAUCAUUGCUGGUAUCACUGGCGAGGGCACCGAAGUAGCCGCGCUAGAAGCAAAGCGUGCGAAAGAAGCUGGCGCGGCUGCCGGCUUGCUAUACCCAUCUCAUGGAUGGCUGCGCUUCGGAUAUCAGCCCGGGGCUCCUCAAGAUCGGUACCGCCGUGUAUAUGAGGUGUCCGGCCUGCCGUUGAUCCUCUUUCAGUAUCCGGACAACACAAAAGCGACCUACAGUUUACAGACUAUGCUUGAUAUUGCUGCCCAACCCGGCUGUUUUGCCAUGAAGAACGGUGUGCGCAACAUGCGCAGAUGGGAUACGGAAAUUCCUGUCAUUCGGGCCCAACGCCCCGACCUACAAAUUCUCUCUUGUCAUGAUGAAUACCUUUUGCACACCUCCUUCGACGUCGAUGGUUUCUUGGUUGGCUACGGGAACAUCGCCCCCGAGCCUCUUAUCGAGUUGAUCAAGGCUGGUAAGGCCAAGGAUUACAAGAGGGCACGAGCUAUCCAUGACCAACUCCUGCCGGUCACGAAGAGUGUGUAUCAUCGAGGAUCUCAUAUGGAGGGUACGGUCGCGCUGAAACAUGCUCUUGUUGCUCGAGGGAUCCUGACACACGCCACUGUUCGUUCGCCUUUGUUGCCGCUCGAGGAGGGCGCAGAACAAGAAAUUCAUGCUGCCAUCAGUGCCGCAUCCCUCAGCAAGGUGGAUUUGUGAGGAAGAAUGUCAAAGUAUGGAUCUGUAUAUGAGCGUGUUGAGCUAGAAGGUAGAUGGGAGGGAAGAUCACAUCCAAUAGCCAAUUAUAAUUUUAUGCGGUUUCCGUAACAAUAGUGGCCUUAUACAGUAUAAAGUAGUAUCGUAAGGUAACCUAGUG